AUGGCUGAACUGCUGCAAAAGGGCAAGGACCAGAUCGUCGACGCGCUCUCGCAGGCCACCGCCGCCGUCUCACUUGACUCGACGUGUGAGUUCCCUCCCACCGCACCAGCCGUAUGGCCUGCUCGUAGGGCGCAGUACUUUGCUCGAGGCAGUGGCUGAACUUGAGGUGGUGUUCGCAUUCAUCACCUCACAGCCGCGGUCCACAUCGACGAGGCCGCCGGCGACGACUCGACCGGUGACGGAUCGACCCGCGCCCCUUUCAAGACCUUGCUCGGAACCUAUAUCGCCAGGGGGGACAACGUCGCCGCGCUGACCCGUCAGACCAAGGAAAGUGUGACCGAACCGACCUACGAACCCGUCACCGCCUCGGCGAUCAAGAAGGCCAAGAAGCUCUACCUCCAACACCAGACCAAGCUCGCUCGCCAGGAGGAGCUCAGGAAGAAGGACGAGCUCGAGGGAGCGGCCAAGCGCGCGGCCGAGCAAAAGAAGCUCGACGAUGCUCGUGCUAUCGUCAUUGAGCAACCGACCACCGCCGCAACCAAGAUCAAGAUCAGGUCUGCCAUCGCCAAGCGCGGAGAGCGCGUCCGAAUAUUCGGUUGGGUCCACCGACUGCGCCAGCAGGGUGCCAUGAUCUUUAUCGUGCUCAGGGACGGUACAGGCUACCUCCAAUGCGUAUUGACCGGAAAGUUGGUAAGUGGCCGCAGAGAGCUACGAGGGACUAGAAUUAUUUGGGUUCAACGGUCUUGACUCGAUCCGUGUGGCUGUCGACUCAAUUUCUCCCUCCGACUCUUUCGGCAUCCACAGCCCUUGACCUACGAUGCGUUGACGCUCACCUUGGAAUCGACAAUCGAAAUCACGGGCACCAUCAACGAGCUUCCGGCGGGCAAGACCGCUCCUGACAACCACGAGUUGACGCCCGACUGGUUCUCCGUCGUCGGCAAAGCCCCUGGAGGCGACGAGGCCUUCCUCAACAAGGUUUCCGAGGUGAGUCUGGAUUUGCAUGUCCAGCAACGUGGCCACAGCAAGCUCAUAAUUCCACUUCAAACUCCUAUUUCCAGGACCGAGACCCGAGUCUGCUCGCCGAUGCUCGUCACCUCGUGCUCCGAGGUGAAACGGCGUCGACUGUGCUCAAGGUCCGAGCCGCUCUCUUGCAAUCGUUCCGCGACUCGUACGCCAACUUGGGUCUGCUUGAGGUCACACCCCCGUGCAUGGUCCAAACCCAAGUCGAAGGCGGCUCGACCUUAUUCAGCUUCGACUACUACGGAGCACCGGCUUACCUGACCCAGAGUUCGCAACUCUACCUCGAGACGUGCUUGCCCAGUCUGGGUGACGUCUUCUGCGUCGCCGAGUCCUUUCGUGCCGAGAAGAGCCACACUCGACGACACUUGAGUGAAUACACCCACGUCGAGGCCGAGCUGGCGUUCCUCACUUUCAACGAACUCCUGGAUCAUCUCGAGGAGGUGGUCAGUUCCCACCCCUCUUGCGUGAAUGCAAUCCGUCGAGCAGCAAUAGUGCUGACCGACAAUUUCUCUCAUCCGCCUUCGGAACACACCACAGAUCUGCCAAACCGUCGACCGAGUCUUGGCCGACCCCAAGUUGAAGGCCAUGAUCGAUUCGCUCUGGCCUGCCGGCGAGUCGUUCCAGGCGCCGCAGCGUCCCUUCAUGCGCAUGGACUACCGCGACGCGAUCAAGUACCUCAACGAUCACAACAUCUUCCGACCCGGCCCUGACGGUGUUGAUGGCCCGCAUCAAGUCGGCGACGACAUUGCCGAAGCCGCCGAGCGCAAGAUGACAGAUCAGAUCGGCAAGCCCAUCUUCCUCGUCGGGUUUCCGAAGGAGAUCAAGUCGUUCUAUAUGCAGCGCAUCAAGGGCGACGAGGGGUACACCGAAUCCGUCGACUUGCUCAUGCCCAACGUCGGAGAGAUCGUCGGUGGCUCGAUGAGGAUGGACAAUCUUGAAGAGCUGAUGAGCGCCCUCAAGCACGAGGGGAUUGAUCCCGCCCCCUAGUCAGUCCCGGCUCUUCCCAAUGGCUUUUUCUGAUUCUGAUCAGCCCCCACUGACCGUGUCCGCGCCUGAAAACCGCCAUCUCUCCUGUGCAUGGCGACACCAACAAUCGUUCUCCGAGACAAUAGCUACUGGUACACCGACCAGCGCAAGUACGGCACGUCCCCCCAUGGAGGUUAUGGCCUCGGUCUUGAAGUAAGUCUCCAGUCCACAUUGGUCCGAGCGGAAAUGGAUUCUCUUGGCCCGUCGGCUGAUUACCCAUUGCCGCCGGUACAUCCGUCUCAUAGCGACUGCUCGCCUGGCUGUGCAACCGAUACACCGUCCGUGAUUGCUCCUUGUACCCGCGGUAAGUCCGCGUCGUAAACUCGGCGUCUUUUUAGCGCGCUAGUGACCGAACUGACAGGGGCCUUUCCGACUCGGGAUCGUCAUCCUUCGGCAGCUGGACCGGGCGCGCGACACCUUAGUGAUGGGGCAAAGACCGCUUGCAAUGGCCGUAGUUUCCCCCUAUAUCUCGGCCCAAUUGAGUAUAUCGCAUACCCACAUCCCUAAGCCCUCAUUCCCGUCGCAUUCGGUGAGGUUUCGAUUGCGAAUUCACCGAUUUCACCGUCCCUGGACCCGUCGGGACCGGAAAUGUCCAGCUGGAGCAGCGCACCUCAUCCGGGGUUGCUUGAUUCCCGAUGGGAAACGCGUCGCGACCCAACGCAUUGUGAGCAUCGACUGUCUCCUGACUGUGUGCAAGCCGUGGCCGUGCAGUCGUGAGCAUCGCUUGUGCGCCCGACUCUGUGAGGUCAAAGCGCGACCCAGGCCGGCUGACCUCAUCUUUAGGCGUGGAAGUUCGACGUUGGGGGCGCAGACAGACCCGGAAGUCUCAGCGCAAUUCGUGACUAGCUCGCUUUGCAGCUGUCAUGCUGUGUCUGUGUGCGUGUCCGUGGGCGGGGGGAGAUAG